AUCUUUCUCUUGUGUCCCUCCGAGAUUACUUAUGAUUCGAGGGCCGUGGAGAACAUCACCUCAAAGAUUGGAAUUCUCGAGUUUCAUCAGGACACCGGGGACCAUAACGAAAGGAUAAGCACCACUUGUGGACCCUCAUUUGGUAGGGAGUACUGCGCUUUAGGUAAGCGGCUCUACCCUCCGUCGGCACUGCAAAAGGCCACUCUGAUGCCUCCCGUCGACUCACAUUCGACAUAUGCAAAUGAGACCGUUUUUCCCUCAUCCGGGUCUAGACCAAUCUUCACUUCUACCAGCCAAUUCAUGCGUACAGACACAGACACGGUAGAAUUUGCGGUGCUACAGGUGAGACGACUGCUAAAUCCGCCAUUUCCACCAGGAUUGUCAAUUGGGGGAGUCUAG